AUGAAAUUUACAUUAUUAUUUUAUUUAUUUUUAAAUGUGCAAUUAAUUUUAACAUUUCAAUUAUAUUGUAAAUGUGAGUGUAAUUUAAAAGCUAUUAUAAAUUCAAUUGAUCAAUGUAAAUUAUGUACAAAAGAGUAUUGUUUAAAACAAGAUCCAAAAUUAUGUAAUAUAUCAAGUAAUAAUGAUAAUAAUAACAAAUUAAAAGGUCAAAAUGAUAAUAGUGAUAAUAACGACAAUAAUAAUAAUAAUGGUUCAGAUGAUGAUGAUAAAGAUGAUAAUAAACAAGAUAUUAUAAUUAGUUGUUUUCAAAUUGAAUCAAUUAAAGAUUCUUUUAUAAUUUAUUCAUUUUUAAUAAUAAUUGGUUUAUUAAUGCUUUUUAUUUUAUAUAAAUCAUACACAUAUACAUAG